CAUGGCUGCCGCUUGGGGAGGAGCAGAUGAUGACUUUGAUCAAUUUGAUAAACCUGGUGCAGAAAGAUCUUGGAGAAGAAGAACUGGAGAUGAUGACUGGGACAGUGAACUUGAAGAUGAUUUGCUUGGAGAAGAUUUGCUUCCUGGUAAAAAGAAUCAGUCGGAUUUGUCAGAUGAAGAACUGAAUGAUGAUCUUCUACAGAGUGACAAUGAAGACGAACAACAUUUCAGUUCUCAAGGUGUCACAGUUAGUCUUAAUGCUACAUCUGGCAUGCUUACAUCAUUUGAAUUCUCUGAGAAUGCUAAUGAGCAUGCGAUAGAACAUGAUUCAGAAUACGACCAAGGGGAGGAUGAAAUAGCUUAUGACAAAUCGGAUGAACCUGAAGUAUAUGCUCAAGAAUACACAGAGGAAGGACAGUAUGAAGGCAAUGAUGCUGAGCUGACAGAAGACCAAAUAGAAUAUGUGGAAGAACAGGGAGAGGAAGAAAUUUACAAUGAUGAAGUGCUAGACCUUGAAAUCAAUGAACCUCUAGAUGAAUUUGCAGAUGAAGAUUAUAUACAGUCAUAUAAUCAACAAGGGAUGGAAGAACAGGAAGAAUAUGUAGCUGAAGAGGUCGCUGAUUCCCAGACACCUACAAAUGAAUCAGAAGAGGCAGCUAUUGAAACUCUGGAACUUCAGGAGGAAACAAAAGAAGAAUCUGAUGAAGAGGAGGAGGAGGAUGAAGAAUCUGGACGACAGCGUUUCAAAACUGAACGAAAAGAAGGAACAAUCAUUAGGCUCUCAGACAUAACAAGAGAGAGGAGAAACAUUCCAGAAACUUUGGAACUCUCUGCAGAAGCCAAAGCAGCGUUAUUUGAAUUUGAAGAAAGGGAAAGACAGUUUAAACAGGGACGCUAUGGCUCAAGGAGAGGAGGGAGGAGAGGAGGUUCCAUAAUGUGUCAUGGAAUGGGAGAACAAAGGAGAGACAACAAUGAAAGGGGAAGAAUGAAGGAUCACAGGCCUGCACUGCUGCCAACACAGCCACCAACAGCGAGUCAUUCACAGAGGUUAAUUCCUCCUCACCAGCAACAGCCUAUUAGGAGUCUGUUCCCACAGCAACAGCUACAAACGCUACUUCCUAUUCAGCAUCAACAUCAUUCGUCUCCUCCUCCAGGGCUACAUAUGCCACCCCAGAUUGAAACACCUGGAAUAAUGAUGACUCCACCCCCAGUGACACCUCAGCAACCAAAGAACAUACAUAUAAACCCACAUUUCAAAGGGACGGUAGUGACACCUGGGCAAGUGCCCUUGUUACCAGUCCCAACUCAGCCAAGACCUACUGUAGGACCGCAGAGAUUUCCUGGCCCUCCAGAUUUUCAGCAGCACACUCCUGGACCCGUUCCUACCAACUUUACACAAGCCCCAAGACUCCCUCUCCAGGACCAAUGGAGAGGCCCACCUCCACCGCCUUUGCCUCCUCCACCACCACCACCUCCUCCACCCCAAGAAAGAGACCCUUUCUUCCUUGGAGAUCCAAGAUUUGCAAGUCAUCAUUUGUUCGAGCAACAGAGUCCCCCACCUCCACCGAAUCCCCCACUCCUUAACAGUACCCAUCCUGUCCCUGUUCAAAAUCCUUUGCCUUUCAAUCAACCUGGACCAGGAUAUAAUCAGCAAGGACAACAGCCUGUAUUUUCCAGAGACAGGCCAGUAAGGCCGAACAUCCAACCUCAGAAUCCUGCAGGACUUCUGCACUUCAACCAAGCAGGUUCAGUAAAUCCACGGCCUUUCAUGCAACCCAGGCAACAGUUCUUACAAAACCCAGGACAACCAUAUCUAGGAACACAUAUACAGCCUACAAUGCAGGGUCCCUUGCAUCCUCCACUACCACCUCAGCCUCACCAGCAGCAACAACACCAGCAGCAUCAACAGCAGCAGCACCAGCAGCACCAGCAGCAUCAGCAUCAUCAGCAUCAACAUCACCAUCCUCUUGCUGGUCCACCACAGCCUUUAAUUCCCAUUACCCCGUCACAGUUCAGACCUCAUAUGCAGGCUUCACAGCAACAGUCAAAUAACAAUAGAAUACAGUGUCAACAGCGGCAGGGUCCAAUGAAGCCAAGACACAAUACACCAACGCAGAAUGUUGUCAAGCGUCCGAAUCAACAGCUACAGCCAACUGCUUCAAGAAAUAGCAAUUUGCGGGAAUUACCAAUAGCACCUUCACAUGCUAUUGAGAUGAAUAACAACCGACGAACUGCUGCACAGGUGAAACCCAUUACCAGCACAACAUCUGCUACAAGGUCUGUAGUAGGAGUUGGGAGCCCACAUGGAAGGACUGAAAUAAAAGCUAGAGCAGUCGUGCCAGUGGUCCAAACUAAAGUAGAAGUAAAAUCUGAACCAGAGUUUCCUGAUGAAGAUGAAGAAACCAGAUUAUACCGUUUGAAGAUAGAAGAACAGAAACGCCUAAGAGAAGAAAUUCUGAAACAAAAGGAGCUGAGACGGCAACAGCAGGCAGGUGCUAGAAAAAGAGAGUUGCUUGAAAGACUUGCACAACAGCAGCAACAACCUCCCAUGCAACAGUCUUUCACACAGCAGGAAGAGGAAUCCUCAGAGUUGUCCACUAAUGGAAACCUAUUUAUACUCCAUCCUAGUGCACAGGCCAGACAAAAUGUGAAAAAUAGACUUCUGGUUAAAAAGCAAGAUGUGGUAGUUCCAAAUAUUCCACCAAAACCCACAGAUUUUGUGCAGGAUGGGGCUAAUAUGCAGUUUCAAGGACAACAAGUGAGACCAAUGAAGUAUUUGAGACAGACUAGAACAGUACCUCAAAGUCCCCUUCAGCCUUCACCAAAAGUAUUACAAACAAAACCUGCUGCAACUGCAACAUCGCUCGCCCCAGGACAGACUGCUAGGGUGGCAUCAAUACAAGGAAGGCCUCAGGAACUGAAACCUGGUGUGAAAAGGACUGUCAUGCAACGGGCAAACAGUGGUAGUGGAGAUGGGCCCCAUGUCGGCACCAAAGUGAGGGUGAUUAAGUUGUCAGGAGGGGUAACAUGUUCUGAUUUUCAUUUCAUGCACCCAGAUGGCCAGCCCCAACGCCUUCAACAACCUCCAGAACUGAGACAGCAGCCAAUGCGGAAGGUCACAUUGACAAAGGGACCACUCCAGCAGCAUCAGCAACAGCAGCAGCAGGCACAGAUACAGUCAACAGUUCCACAAGGAGUCAAAAACAUCCAGGGGAUUCAUCAAGCUAAAAAGGUUAUUAUGCAUGGGAGAGGCAGAGGAGUAGCAGGCCAGAUGGGCCGAGGACGCUUGAUGCCAAAUAAACAGAACCUGCGAGUGGUGGAGUGCAAACCUCAGCCCUGUGUUGUGUCAGUUGAAGGGCUUUCUUCGUCAACUACUGAUGUCCAACUGAAAAACCUGCUGAUGUCAGUAGGACCCAUUCAGAGUUUACAGAUGCUUCCUCAGCAACGGAAAGCCAUAGCGAAAUUUAAGGAACCAGCACAUGCAUUAGCAUUUCAACAGAAAUUCCACAGGCAUAUGAUAGAUCUGUCCCAUAUUAACGUGGCAUUGAUAGUUGAGUGAGCAUAGCUGAAAAUGCUCAUAUCAGCAUACUGUGGAGCUACACGGGGAAAAGACACACAGGCAAAAUCAUCAGGAUCUGAAGUCUUUUCAGCGUACAGUCUUUCUUUAACUUCUCUGUAGAAUUACAGAAAGUAACAGGAUUUCCUCAAGAUAAGCUGAACUUUAAAGAGGAUCUAGCAAAGUGGAGUUUUGUGUUUGCUUUCUUCCCAUUCGGUUGUAACCCCAUGGAACUACAGAUUUUUUUCAAAAUGCUUACAAUGCAUGUAGACAUUAUUCUUGAAGAUCGUACUGUGUGAUCGCAGUGACUUGAA